AUGCAAAAGCUCGCCAACAUGCGUCACUGGCCCGAGAGGAUGAGUCCAAACUUCGGCAUGUCGUCGCGGCCGAACAACAUGAACAUGACGGCAUUAAAUGCCCACCAGAAGAAUGGCGCUCCGGGAGCUCCGCCUCUAAGUCCCUCGCCCGCCGCCGAUACCACGAUCCACUAUGCCUUCAACGUUCCCUUCGCAUCCGAACUCGCCGGCCCCAACACCGAGGAGAUCCUGCACGCUACGGGCGACUCGAUAAUGCGAUGGACGCAUCCCAAAGAAGCACCCGACGACAUUCCCAUCUACGAGUUGCCGGUACACGCACAGAACGUGGCAGCUUUGCGAAACAUGUGUGUCGAGUUGACCAAGGGCCCACUGCCCAUUGAGGCCCACGUCAUAUCAACCACGCCGAAGCACCUCAAGGGCCAGGUUACCACCGUUUGUCUUUCCGGCGCCCCGGAACUGGUUCACAAGAGUCGAGAGACCAUUUUGAACGAAACCCCGUUGGCCCUGCGCUGUACGACGGUCGAUGUUGAAUACAAUCUUAUUGUCGAUUCCAAAGCUGGUGUUCUGGUCAAGCACGUUACAGAUGCUCUCGAUACGUUUGCACAAUUCUGCGGAGUUGACAUUUUCAUCCUCGGCCCCAAGCUCACCCCUAUGGUUGAUGGCCUCAAUGGUGAUAUCGAGGUGAUCCGAGACCAGAGAUGGCGCGUGGCGAUCUAUGGCGAUACCGAAUCCACCGAACACGCUAAGACGCAAGUUCUGAUCUUCAUUGACAAGCUGCUCGGACGACACCUUGAUAUGGUACGAUUCGAGAGCACCUUGCACCCGAUCGUGUGCGGCCGCUCUCGAAAGAACAUCAAGUUGAUCGAGUCUAUGACUAACACGGCAAUCUACUUCCCACCGUUUGCCCAGAUGCACCGAUAUUGCCCGCCGAAUGCUACGCGCCGGAACCCCGAAGAAAUCUACAUCACGGGCGAAAGUCGUCCGAGCAUUGAGCUGGCUAAACGCAAGAUCCACGAAUUGGUCAGCCGAACCAAGAUCUUUAUGAAGGAUGCAGUGGCCUCGCCCUCCAAAAUCGACACUGUCCUGCUCGGCCGAAUGGACAAGGUGCGUAAGAUCAUGGAGAACAACGGCACUUACAUCAUGUUUCCCCCUCUCGCGUCUCAGCGCAACAUGAUCCGAGUUCAAGGUGUGGAGGGCCUGCAAAUCGAGCGCACCAUGAAGGAGAUCAUGUCACUUGCCGGCCAGUUCUACUAUGCUUCGUGGUGGAUUCAGCAAGCUGGAGCUUCUCAGCUGCCCAGUCCCCAUGACAUUAGAACCAUGCUGGGAGACAUAUGUGCCAACUCAGACGCCGAUAUUUCCUUUGAUAAGAUGACGUUUACUGUGACGGGCAAUGAUGACGCUGUGAAGGCUGGUUUGAUGGUUCUGUCACCGAUGAAAUUCGUGAAUCAGACGCAGCACCAGAUACGCGUCAAGAUCGAGUUGGCCAAUGAGCACAAGGAGUUUGUCUCGGGCAAGAAGAACGGCAAGAUCAACAAGAUCAUGACGCAGAGCAACGUUCAGAUUAUUUUCGACAGCUUCAGAGAGUACAACUUUGACAUUGACGUUAUUGCGCCAACGUAUGACUCCAUGAAACAGGGUUUGGGACUUGUCGAGCAAGAGAUGCCCGCUUCCAUCUCAUUCCAUGUGCCGGAUCAAUACCAUAAGCGCAUCAUCGGCAUUGGUGGUCAGCAUAUCCAACGCAUCAUGAAGAAGCACUCCGUAUUCGUCAAGUUCUCCAACGCCAUGGAUCGAGGCGGCAUGGGUCGGGAAGAUGACGACGUCAAGGUUGACAACGUCAUUUGUCGUACUCCUGCUCGCAACGCCCAAAACUUGGAGCUUGUCAAGUCGGAGAUCUUAGACAUGGUUGAUCGGGCGCACUCUGAAUUCACUUCACAGGUUGUUCAUGUUGACCGGCUGUACCACCGUCAACUGAUCGCUCGUCUGGCCGAGAUUGAAGAACUCGAGAAGAAGUGGAACUGCAAAAUUGUCUUCCCUAGCACCGAGCAGGCAAGCGACGAAGUGACGGUGACGGGACCUGAAUGGCAGGUUCCUCUCUGCGCCGAUGAAUUUCUCGGCAUGGUUCCAGAGACUCAUGAAUUAGUCUUGACUCGAACUCCCUCUUUGAUUAAAUAUUUGGAGUCUCCCACUUUCGUCAACGAUCUCGUUGCGAAACUGAAGAAGCACUACGAAGUCACUCUGGAAGUUCACGAGAAUCCCGAAGAGAAGACGGACGACGGUGGGCGUACCAUGACUUUGUUGUGGAAACUUACUCGAAAUAAUGCGGGGGGGCUCCGUGACGCGAUUGACUUAUUGCACGCCGAGUUUACCACGGCUGAAGUCGAAACCACUGUCGUCAAAGGCGCUCUUCCUCGACCCAAGUCGGACUCUUUUGAGGACUCGUUGCAAUACUUCGACUCGAAACUUCUGCAGCACGCGCCUGCAUCCAUUGGGACCGACUCGCCAACCAAGCCGGCGUUUGGCGAGGAGGUCUCUCAACGCAGCACUACCUUGUUUGACAAGCUCCGAAAGCCCUCGCAGCUUCUCUCUUCGCUUGAUCGUAGAAAGAACAGUUCUCACUCUGUCAACACUCUGUUCAAGGGGUCAAGCAAUGUUUCCAAAUCUUCUCUGAUCUCGAUCGAGUCGACUCGCAGCUUCAACGCUGAUCGCAACCCCUGGAAUGACAGCGGCGUCAAUCUCCCCGAUGACGACGGCAACAUCUGGGGUAACCGCCACUUCGGCAACGGCUAUGAUAACAAAUUGACGCCCAACAGCAUUCUGCACGGCGGCGGCGAUGUGACGCCUCGACACGGCACGCGUGCCUCUGGCGACAGCGGCCGGCCGUCGACUUCUCAUUCUACAAAUUCAGGAUACCCCGGUCCUAUCGGACCUUACCGUUAG